UUUCUGCCAAUUCUUAUAGUUAUGACUGGGCUGGCAAUGCUGUCUAUUUACAUGUCAGUCUACUUAUGACUCGCGAGCAAGAUACAAAUAAACUGUGAAGUGUCUGCUAUUUUCUUGCAUGAACUUGAAUUUUUAACUAUCCAAAUCGAUUACAAUGAGUGGAAUGACAUUUUACGGUGUUUCUUUACUGGAAGGUCAAGAACAAGGGGAUCAGUCUCAGUUGGUAUUUGAAGACCGAGUGGAAGCAUUGAAAAUAUGUAAGAAAUUUAAAGGUGCUAGGUUUAAGUGUUUUACUGAACGAGAUGAAGCUGUCCUAUUCACUCAAACCAAGCAAACUCAGCCUGAGGCUGAUGUUGUAAUAAAAGAAUUACCAAGCGAAAAGUUGCCAUUUCCUACCCCAAGUCCCCAAGAAAUGUUGCAGUUUCGAAGAACUAUUGAAAUGGGAAAUUGUGGUGAAUUUUUGUCUACUGUUUGGAAGAAUCCAAGAUUCUUGAUAAGUGCUGGUGAUACCCCAACAAUGAUAAGAGAACGCUACAGAUAUCAUGGCCUUUUAUUGGCAACUUUUAAAAAAUCAUUCACUAUUUGCAAAGCACUUUUAGAUACAAUUACUGAUCCUGGCUUCAUAGGGCUGUUGUAUGUAAAUGAUGCAGAACAGGUUCGCAAGAAUCGAAUGUUUUACCUUCUAGACACUUAUCUGAAUACACCAGAUAAAUUUCUCAACGAAACCCCGCUUCAUUUUGCAUCAAAGUUUGGUUCACUCGAUAUUUUAGAAUUAUUCCUAUCUUUUCACGAGUGUGAUCGUGAACGUAAAAAUACUAGAGGAGAAACACCAGCUGACAUUGUUUGUUCAUCUUGUAAGAAUCCUUCGCCAGAAUUAGAAGCUCAAAUGAAGUUGCUUCUGAGUCAAAGGUAUUUUAUACCAGUUUUACGACCCUCAGAUUUUUCUUCUCCUGCUCGUGUUGGAAAGCCUUGGUCACCCGAUGUCACACUAAAAUCACCAGACGAGCCUUUGAUGCCAAACUCGCCCUUGAGCUAUCAUAAAUACCCAGUUGAGCCUCAGAUGAUGCUUCAAGCGCUAGCUGGGCCGAUGUCACCGACAGAAGCCGAAAUGUUUUAUCAACAAAUGAAAACUCCUCCUGUACCCAAGUUCUAUCAAAGUCGAAUCAGUGAUAAAAAAAUGACGCCCAAAAAGAUACUAGAGAGUAGAUUAUCCGAUAUUGAUAAGGGACUCGAACGUGUAGCCCGUAAUAUUGCACAUGACUUAAAUGUACCAUGGAGUGAAUACUGGAAAUUUCUUGAUGAAUUUUGCGAUCUUUGCUCCAGUGAAGGGCUGAAGAAACUUGAAAACUACUUUAGAGAAAAACGAACCGAGAUGGAAGAAUCGCAACAAGCGGUCCCCAUAUUUCAAGCCCAGAGCCCUUUGUCAGAUCUUUGCAACAAACUUAGUAAACUUCACCUUCAAUCUCCCGAGGUAAAAGAUAAUGAAAACGAAGAAGAAUAUUUUACUCCGCCUUCGACUCCACCUGCUGUAUUUUAUGAAAUAUCACCCUUUUACAUUUUUGGGUCACAAGCAAGCAAAACUGAUGUUGAUGUCCUUCGAGUACUGGAAAACGUCGAAUUGGACUUUUUAAAGUAUCCGAAUAUAUCAAUGUGGAAAGAUAAUAUGCUACAAUACAAUGAAGAUUACCUCAACAUGUUGAAAACUCCAGCCAGAGUGAAUAUGAACAACUCUCUAAAAUCUCCGUUACCUGAUAUUCACCCGCCAUCUCCGCGUAUAUCUUCCAUAACAAAGUGCUUGAAUUCCCCAAGAAAAACUCGAUGUGACCUUUCCGUAGGUCGCUCUCGCCUUUCUGAAAGAUUUGAAAAUGCCUAGCUACUCGCGCGCUUUCUUUCCUUAAUACCCACACUUACACGAUGUAUAAUAUAAGUUGCGCGGAAUUUUUUGGCAGAUUCCUGUAUAAACAUUGAACGAAGUAUGUCUGCCACUGUCAUAAUAAGGUUAUGAUAAUGUCAAGAUGAAUCAAUCUACUGUGUAUCCAUUAAAUCCUUCAAUUGUGCAUUUGAAAAAAAAGAAGCAAAUUGAUUCUCUA